CGUGGGAAACAACAAAAAUAGACUGACAGCAUGCGCGGGCAGCUCCACGGUCUCAACGACGGACCGCGAAAGAGCCCGCAAACACUGACUGGUUUUGCGCGCAGCCGAACGACGGGCAAGUACGUUGUUCAAAAGGUCAACGUGCAACCUGCGGCGACUGCUCUUCCCCCAUCGGUCCCACGCCUCGACACCUCGGCGACGACUUUUACAUCCUUGUCACGACCAAACGCAAGGAUUGCAGAAAUACCGGGCAAAGCAACAGCCAGCGCAGCAUCGACAAAAGAACCCAGCAAUGAUUCCCUUGGCGCGCCGGUCGGUGUCUACGGCCCACGCCUCAAGCGGCGUUGCACGGAAGACGUUUGCUACGGUUCGGGCAUGACGCACCGUGAAAUCAAGCGACUGAUAGCUCUGUUUGAUGACAUUGACACGACGCACUCGGGUGUCAUCAACCUUGUGGAAUUUUACUACCUUCUCGAGUCGCCUCAAAACGAGUACACGCGCGGCAUUUUGCGCCUCGCGCCACAGCGGAGCGAUCCGAAGAAGCUUUCGCUUGAUGACUUUGUCGAGAUUGUGGUCAAGUUUGCUUGCAUGGACAACGAGGGCGUGAUUGAGUUCUGUUUCGAGACGUUUGACGAGGACGAGUCAGGCGCACUCGACAGCAAUGAGUUUCGCAACCUCUGCAGCGCGAUUCAAGUGCGCACCGACACCUUCUUCAACGGCAACUUUAUGCGCGCGAUGGAGCAUUUUGACGAAGACAAGGACGAGCAGCUCAACCGGCGCGAGUUUCGCCUUCUUAGCAUCCAGUUUGGACUUAUUUUCUACCCGAUCUUUCGCUUCCAGAACAAGGUGCGCGUCAAAACGCUUGGGCGCUGGAAGUGGUACCACAUCAAGCGCCGAGGCAAAAGCAUCGAUGCGUGCCGCCACUAUAUGCAGACACACGACGGGCGCGAGCCGCCCAUCACCUGGUUCGAUCGCGUCUUUAGCUGCUGGAACCAUGCCCCCCGAUUGCGUCACAUUGCCGUCGAGCUCUACAAAGCGGAUCAGCACCGACUGCAACUUGAAGCGCAGCGCUCAGCGAUUCUAUUCAAUCUCGGUGUGCUGCCAAAAGGCGCGACGCACGAACCAUCCAAACCGAUUCCGUUUGAAGUGAAAUCGUCGGGUUGA